AUGCUAAUUAGUCUUUCUCCGUUCGGUAACCUGUCUCGUUUCGUGAGACAAGGUAACAGAGUACACGAGACAGUACUACUCCUUAUCGACGGAGACUCCAUACCCUGUAGCGGCACUAUACUCGCAGCCAGGAGCUCUGUGUUUGAGACUCUGGUUAGGGAGAACUAUGAGGUCCAUCUUCUCGGUUUUAACGGCAUGGCUCACCAAAUUAGUCAGUGCCUAGAGUUGAUGUACGGAGGACAAAUUAUGCUGGAUUCCAGCAACAUACAAGCAUUUCUGAAUUUCAGUGUUCAGUUUGAGAUUAACGAGCUGAUAAAUUUAUGUGCUGUUUGGAUGGAAAACAACAAUUUAUACCUGGAGUCUGAAAAAAUACUGAACGAGCAAGAUAGAUCUAAAUGUAUCGACAUGAUAAGUUGCAUAAACUUCAAAAAGAUCUCUGAAAAUAAAAACUCUAUGAUGAAUCAAAGUAUCUCAUCUGAUGAAGAGGAAUACAUUGAUCUAGAGGAGAUUUGUUCCUCAUUUACAGACACCACUAUUGAGACUCACCACACAAACGGACAUACUUCCACUAUUGUGUCGUCUAAAGGUCGAGGGAGACUUGCUGCAGAGCUGUCAUCACUAGCAUCGCCAUCCUCUACUGCAACAGUUACUACAGUGCCCGCAUCAACCAACAGCCAUGACACUGAUAGCCAGCAAACUGAACCCUCACCGGGGUCUAACAUCCGGGACGGGCCAGGAGAGUGGCAGAAAGUACCAGUUCCACAGACGAAAAUUAAAACCGAACUGAUUCUCAAAAACCCAGUAACCCAGUACAAACCAAACCUUGCGAAGUGGCCUCAUUUCUCACCGGAAGAUUUUCUCAGGCUAGGAAGCCCGCUCUGCCCAUACCCUGAAUUCGCUAAACUAGAGGUAGGGAUAGCGUGGCUAGCCAACAGUGAGCUCAACAUUCCUCAAUGUCAGAACUUGAUGGAUCAGUUCAUGGCCAACAUUGAUCCUCUAGAUUUAUCGGACCGAUACAUAUCACUCCUGAACGACUAUAUGAAUUCUUGGAAUGUAUCAUUUCCCCCUCACUUCAAAAAACAUAUCAAGAAUUGCUACGUUCCUGAUGAUCCUGCAUCUGAUUCAAAGUACUUCAUGCACCUGUGGACCCUGCAGAAAGGGGAUCUAGCAGAGUUGAGGAGUUUUAAUUUCGUCAGUUUCUUUGCUACAUGUCCUCUGUGCGACAAAGGAACAGGAGAAAAUGUUCUGAAACUGGUCCAACAAACUCCUUGCUACGACCUAAAGAUUGACCAGUAUCGUCGGAAGAAACCCAAAAAUGGUAUUAUUUAUCCGGUCCACUUCCAUUCUAACUCAGUGUUCCACUGGCUGAUAAAGACUGGCAGUGGAAAUAGACCGGUACUUCACUCCCUCAUUACAAAUAACCUCCAGACAGUGCUGGAUACCCUGAAAAAGCACGAUAAGCUUAUCGUGAUCUGUCUUCAACUUAAAACUUAAUGAUGUGGAAAGAGUACAGUUGAGUUAACCUGAUGAAAAAGAUUAUGCUUACCUGUGUGGUAAUUCAAGCUUGGAUAAUGGAUACGGGAAUUAUUUGAAAAUUUGAAUCGAUAUGUUGUUGAAAAUGCUGAAAAUGAAAAUUGGCUAUUAAGAUAUUUGUAAAUUUCAGACUUCGUUAUGUUAAUGGAAAAUGGAAUUAAUUGAUGAAUCAUGCUUGCACAACACUGAUGACCCUCAUUUUUAUAACAGGAUUUUUCAUUUUACAUCAGUGCUUUCAAAUAUACUUGGUCUCUGAGAUUUAUAUGAUCUCUGAGUUCAGCUUCAUUGGACAGCACUAUAAUGGGUAUAUUUUAUUUGCUGGGUUGAUUGCGAGUACAUUAACUAAGAUUAAAAAUUAAACUCAUGUUCAUAACUUCAUGUUUUUGAACAUUUUAUCCGUUACCUUACUUUUAUUUUCCGUGACUAAUAAAAGUCCGGUUUAAGAUUAUUUGAGUUCUAUCACUCAGAAGAUGCUUGUAUUUACUGUUAAUUUGUAGUGUGAUUGAAUCCUAAUUUAUAUUUUUAGAUCUAGUGCAAUCCGUCAUUUAUAAAUUUAUAUUUAAAACUCCUAUGUUUUAUCGCUCAUCAAGGAUUUAAGUCAGCGGGGCCAAUAGCAUCAGUAAUAGAUAUUGGAUAGUAGAAAUGUAUAAAGUAAGUAACGUCUCUCACACACGUCUUAUCUCCACUAGUGCUUCUUUUGUGCUGCCUUUUGACAAGCUUCCUUCUCUCUUGUCUUCAGACUAGCAGUGGAUCAAGUUCCGGGGGGGGGGGGGGGGGGGGCAGUUUCAUAGCAACCACACAGUUUGCAGGUCCCGAGGGGGUCCACACUCCACAGUUCUAUGUUACUAGCAGUCACUAGUUAGAUAGUUAUCAAGUGGAACUUGAGAAGGGCAGGGCCAGGGAUAAGCUUUUUAUAUAGUAAGUUGUUCCAGCGUAUAUGAUAUGAAGAAAGACAAAAACUAGGGGAAAAUAAUUUACUUGGCUUUGGUUCGCUUUUUUUUAAAUUUAUUGAAAACUAUAUUUUGUAUGGAACCUUUGAUUGUUAAACUUUUUAUUGAUAAUUAUCCGAACUGAAGUAACAAGAUAUUGAAUACUAGCAUUGGCAUGUGAAAAUUGUCGAAUUUACUAAGUUAAUAGUUUUGUGUACCAUGAAUAUGUGAUUGUGGCCCUCGUUUUGGUAAAUUUUUUAUCGUCAAAUUUUUACGCU